AUGGCAACUCUAGAGACACUCCUUCAGACAUCCACGACGUUUGAGGAAGAUGAGCGUCAACAUGGACAUGCGAAGACAAUCGACCAGCCUCGGCGACUUGCCGCCAGAGCUUAUCCUCCUCAUCUCGAAACUGAGCUGCUCCGACCGCACAAGAAGCAGGCUGGGCCGGACCUGUCGUGUCCUCUACAACCUUGUGAAUCCCGAACUCUACCGCCACGCAGCAACAAAGUGUUUGACUGGGCAGCCGGAAAAGGCGACGAGCCUGCCCUCCAUCGUGCCCUUAGCUACCACACCCCGUUCCGCAAGACCAAACCCAUGUUCACGGCCAUCGAGCACGCCCAAUAUCCCAUCGUCCAAAUUCUUCUAGCAACGCCUGGCGUCAACAUAGAAGCAAGGAACCACCAGGGAUUUACAGCUCUGGAAGUCGCAGUUCGCAGUGGCCGCGGCUCCAUUGUGAAGUUGCUCCUUGAUGCAGGCGCUAACACUGAGCCUAAUACGAUGUUUGCUCGCUAUGAAGGCUACCUAGCGCGCAUAGCUGCCCGAGAACGCUUCUCCGAUGUCCUGAAACACCUGAUUGACAGCGGCCGCGUGGACCUCAAACCUCAGCCCCGAGUUUCUGGUCGACAGCUCUCACUUCCGCGGUUGACACAGAGUCUGAGGGGGAUGCUGAGCAUCUCGUCAGAGCCGGAGUAG